AUUUACAACGUCUAGUCGUGUGCCGGCAGCCAAGCGAUCGUUAUCAUUCUUUUUAUAUUUUGGUGUUAUCAGUUCAUAUCUAAAUGAAUAAAUAAAUAAAUAAAUCUAAAUAUAAGUUUGAUCUAUUUGUGCUAGUGCUUAAAUUAUAAAAUGGACAGAACAAGAAUGAGCUACAUAACAGCCCUAGCAAUAGGAACAACAACCUUGCUAGUCUUUGCCUGGUGGUGGUGGCGACGAGGCAAGAUCUAUAUUUUGCCCAGCAAGUGGCGAAAAGUCGGCGAGCUGAGCGACAUCUUCGUCUUUCCAGUAAAAUCCUUGGGCUGCAUCCGAGAGACCGCGAUUGAGUGCACGCCUUUGGGCUGCAAGUCCGGGUGGCUUAGAGACCGGACUCUGAUGGUGAUAGAUUUGUCCGGAAAGUUCGUAACCGGAAGACAGCUACCACGAAUGGUCCAGGUGAUUCCCAACGUAGCAGGCUCAGUAUUGACUCUCCGCGCUCCGGGAAUGAUGACCAUCAGCAUAGAUCUGGCCCAGAUCGGGAGCAAGACCUUCAAAGCCGCAGUCUGGAGUCAGUCCGUUCCUGCUUGCGAUUGCGGUGAAGAAGUUGCUCGCUGGCUGUCCCGCUUUCUUCUUCAAGAGGACACUGGCCUCAGACUGGUCUACUAUCCGCUUGAUGGACCGUAUCGCGAUGUUAGAGAAAAUAAUCGGGGAUUUCCUCUUAUGGAAAAAUCCGAUGCAGGCGCCUAUCCAGACGCAACAGCUUACACGUUGAUGAACGAAGCUUCAAUCAACGAUUUGAACACGCGAAUAGAAGAUGCAGUGGUUCCUCUUAAUUUCAGGCCAAAUUUCGUCGUCAAAGGCGCAGAACCUUUGGAAGAAGAUACUUGGGACUGGAUAAAAAUCGGCGGUGUUUUAUUUAGGAAUGUCAAGCCUUGUACCAGAUGUAUCUUUACUACUGUUCAUCCAGAGCUUGGUGUUAAACAUCCUAAAAUGGAGCCACUUAAGACUUUGAAAACAUAUAGACUGAUUGAAGAUCCAGAUUUGCGUCCUUACACUAAAGACAAUCCAGUAAUGGGCGUCCAUAUGGGCUUGAAAGGUCCCAAUGGAGUGGUCCGGAUUGGGGACCCAGUGUACGUCGGUAUUGCCGAUGCUGACCCUAUUACGUCGCCACCGUAGCUAAAACGGUGGGACUCUUGCGAUUGCAUGUGUCCCAGCGAGUCACCUUGUGACAAUUGAUUGUAAAUUACUAUUUUUAUAAAUAUAUAAUCAUAAUCAUAAGAUAUUAUAUAUACUCAUAUUUUUGUAAAUUUUAUACGAGUAAUAUUU